GGCCCGCCGUUGGAGAGGUCCUGCUUCUUCCGGGUCGUGGCCGGGGCAAAGGGUGGUUGCCGUGGAAACCGGUCCCAUGGCGGCCCUGGGGCGGGUGAACAGCUUCUCAGGGCAACGCGAGGCCUACUCUUUAGAGUUGUCUGUCACCACCAGGACACCAGUGCCCACUGUGUGCCCCACGUCCCCCGAGCGGCCCCUUUCCCCGGGGAAGGUUGCAGAACCGCCAGGGAAGAACCUGUGGGAGCAGAUCUGCGAAGAGUAUGAAGCUGAGCUGCCUCCCUUUCCAGAGGAAUAUAAAAUCAGACCAGAAACUGUGAUUACUGUUUCACCAAUGGAAGAAACAGUUUUCCAUGGCUUCAAUACAGAACACCUUUAUUCAGUUCCUCAUUUGACCAUGAAUUCACAUAUACCCUGCACUCAAGAAACAGUUGAUCCAAAAACAUGCUCUCCCAAAGAAUAUUUGGAAACAUUCAUUUUUCCAAUUCUGCUUCCUGGAAUAGCUAGCCUGCUUCACCAGGCCAAGAAAGAAAAAUGUUUUGAGAGGAAAAGAACCAAAUUCAUUGCUUGUGAUUUUCUGACUGAGUGGUUAUACAAUCAAAAUCCAAAGAGGACAGGGAAGCUGUUCACAGAAUUCUUCUCCAUUCCAUUUGUGGAGCAGUGGCUGAAGCAACACCCCCGGCCACCUAUCCCACUCUCCCUCCAGCUGACAGAAGAGGAGGCAGCACUGAGCAUCCAGUCAUUCUGGAGAGCCUACCUGGUUCGCUGUGAUCCUGAAAUUCAAGAAUUACGUCAGUGGCAGAAGAAACUGCGUGAGGACAAGCACAUUCGCGAACGUGUCAAAAUUUUCUGGGCCAAACAAGAAAGGAAAGGGAGGAAACUCGCAUGAUUCAGUCACUUGCCCUUGGUCUCACAGCUGCUAAGUGACAGAGCUGAGGAAAUUUCACACUUUCUGCAACAUCUUACUGCCUUGUUCUCACUGCCUUUCAGUCAGCCUGUGAACAGUAGGCUGAGGGAAAGGCUGGGAAUUAACAUUCUCUAAAAGUGCAACAGAAGUUCGAUACAGAAAAAAGGGCUACACCAUGAAAAGGAAUGAAGCACUGACACCACUUUAACCUGGGGGAACCUUGAAAGCGUGAUGGUCAUUGCAAGAAGCCAGACACAAAAGACCACAUAGUAUAUGAUUCUGUUUCUAUGAAAUGUCCAGAAUAGGCAAAUCUAGAGAGAUAGAAAGUAGAUUAGUGGUUUCCUAGGGCUAGGGGAAUUUGGAGGGCAAGGGUUAGUAGCUAAAAGGUAUGGUGUUUCUUUUGGGGGUGAUGAAAAUGUUGUAAAAUUUGUUUUAGUGAAGGUUACACCUAUUUGUGAAUAUACUAAAAACCACUAAAAUAUGUACUUUAAAUAGGUGUAUUAUAAUGGUGUGUGAGUUAUAUCUUGCAAAGUUGGUACAAAAAUAAUGAAAAUGAAGGCACAGAUUAACUCAUACCCAUUAGGAUGGAUACUAUAAAAAAAUAAAAAAUAAGUAUUGGCAAAGAUGUGAAGAAAUUGGAACCCUUAUGCAUUGUUGUUGGUGGGGAUGUAAUAUGGUGCAAAGUGGUUCCCUAAAAAUUAAAAAUGGAAUCAUCAUUAGAGUGCAUACACAAAAGAAAGCAAGUCUCAAUGAGAUAUUUGUACAUAUAUGUUUACUAGUAGUAUUAUUUAUGAUAGCCAAAAGGUGGAAAUAACCCAAAUGUUUAUCAACAGAUGAAUAGAUAAGCAAAAUGUGCCCUUUCCAUACAAUGACAUAUUAUUCAUCCUUAAUAAGGAAAUUCUGGCACACAUGACAAUGUGAGUGAAUGUUGAGGACAUUAUGCUAAAUAAAAUAAGCCAGUCACAACAAGACAAAGAAUAUAUGAUUCCACUAAUAUGAGGUACUUGAAGUAGUCAAAUUCAUAGAGACAGAGAGUAGAAUAAUGUUUGCCAGGGGCUGGGAUGAAAAGAGAAUGGGAAGUUAUUGUUUA